GAAGAAAAAGGAGAUGCUCGCAAAAGAAAAACAGAAGAAAUGGGAAGAAAUGUUGGAGAGGAACAAAGAUUCAGUGAAGGAGAAGAAAAGGAAAAUUGUUGGCGCAGUUGACAAAGUCUAUCAUAAGGCCCGUGACUGGGGGGAGAAAAGAGUUGAGUUGGUGAAAGAUACAAUGAAAGAGAGAGCACAGGAGCAUCAAAAGCGGGUUGAGAACAUAGAGAGGCUAUGCCUGGAGAGUUGGAGAAAGCAACAGGGAGAAAAUGCAUCUGGGAUUCAACAUACACAUGUUUCAAACACUGACUCAGCUGAAGGUGUUUCUAUGGCUGCUUCAUCACUACCUAACAGCCAUGAAGGUUGUACAACACGCUAUCCACCUGCACAACCUCCGGCUCCAACAGUCCGAUCUACGGACUGUAAAGGUUCAACAACACCUGCUUCACCAACCCAACCUAGUGGUCCUGAUAUUCCAGAAAUAGCUGCUCCACCUGCCAAACCUAGCUGCUCUAUAACAACUGGUCCGCCAGCUCAAGCUAAAGGCCCAGACAUGUUGCCAUUGACUACUCCACCAGUACACCGUAGUGACCCUGAAGCUUCUCCAGACGCGUGUGCUCCUGUCCAAUAUGCUGAUUCAAAGUGUUUGCCAGUGACUGAUCCAACUGCCAUAUCUGAUGCCCUCCUCAAGGCUUCUGACCAGCCUCAAGGCUCUGAAAGUGCACCAUGUGCAGCUCCACAACCUCAAGACUCUACAGUGACUGCUCUAGCAGCUCAACCUGAUGCUUCUAAGAGCAAUCAAGGGACUAUUCCACCAGCCCAACAAAGCAGUUGUCCUGCACAAUCAGGUCCAGAUAAGGCCCCUGGAAAUGCACCAUCAGCCCAAACUGAAGCUCCUCAGAUAAGCCCAGCAAAAAAGGAGGCCUUCACAAAGUUAACACCAUGCAAAGACUAUUCCAUCUUCUGUGUGCAGAGAAAAUAGACAUCUCUCAUCAUAUCACACAACACACACACACACACACACACACACACACACAC